AAGGAUAAUGGCUACAUACUUGUCGCAAAUAAGCUGCCUGCCCUGUACAGAGGAUCACCUCAAUUAUCUUUUUUGCAAAACAUUCCUUGGGUUGCCGUGUUUGACUUAUUUGACCCUGCGUCUAAAGUAGACGGCCUGCACUAUGCUUGUAAUGAGACAACCGACGCAUUACGCGCUACAAUUUACACCCUUGAUGACUUCAAAGAAGUGACACCCGAUAAAGAUGCUCUCAUUUCGACUCGAGGAACAACCUGGAUUCUCAGUAAUGAAGAAAUGCAGAAAGGAAAUUGGAUAAAGUGUUCCAAGGAUUGUCUGUACCGAGCUUUAUCAGCUUACAAAGAAUGCUUUCUUCCAAGCAAGCUUGUAUGCGUUUUUCUUUGUCUCGCGGAGAAUGCAGUUCCCGAGAUGGCAGAUAUCAUGGAAAGCAGUUUCAGCAUUUUUGGAAACUCGGCAAGUAGUUGCGUUACCAUUCUUAGUGAAACCACUGCAGUGGCCGACGCAUUUAUCCAAGCCUCCAAACCUACUCUUCAGCGAGAACUGAAGGAUUGCUCUAUUACCGGUAUUCCCUGGAGCUUAUUGAAGGAAAUCGUCCGUGAAAUGGUGGGGCCUUGCAAGUUUGAGGAACCUGGAGCAAAAACAGAACUUCCGUAUUUCACUGGACAAAGCAAAGCGGUUCUUAACAAAAUUAUCAACUCUUGGAAUGAUUUAGAAGUAUACAGCCCAAAUCCUCGGUUACCCAUGUUCGCAGAGGCCAUUGAAAGGGAGCGAGAUGCAUUUUACAAAGGCGCUCAGGCCAGUCAGAUUAAUCUAAUGCAAAACCAUACCAUUGCUCGAAGUCUUGAAAAAGAGGUAACUGCUAAAGUUGAUAAGGCGCUGAAGUCUUUGUCUAAAGAAAACAUGGAUGCCAAUUACUACGUGAAGACUGUAACCGUUCCCUACGAGCCAGGAUCUGGUGCAACUACUCUUUGCCGUAGGAUCCUUUGGAACAAAAGAGAGGACUAUCGUUGUGCUGUGGUAAAAGCCAUAACAUCUUCUACGGACUUUCAAAUCGACAAGUUCCAGCAAAUUGCAUAUGACGAGAAGAACUCAAACUAUUCACUUCCUGUACUUGUUCUUGUUGACAACUUUCCAGAGAACGAUGUACGUCAUUUGACAGAUCAAAUCAUGAAAAGAAGGGCAAAAUGCGUUGUGCUAACCACGCUACCAAUCUCGAAAUCAGCAACUAACACACAGUUUGAGAUAACACCCUUACGAAAGCUCAACGACAUGGAGACGAGUCUUGUUAAGGACAUUUUGAUUAAUAUUAUGAGCGACAGUCAGAAAAGAAGGGAGGCUGAGGAAGUCCUGGAGAGAGAAAAAAGGUUCAUUUGGUUUGGUUUGGAACUCUUUGGACGAGACUACGUUAAAAUAGAAGAGAGGCUUCAAAAUCACAUUCGUAGUAUCCUAACGGCUUUCCUGGGUGACUCACAGAGAAUGCACAAAUCGGUCCUAGAAAUGUGUUGUUUCCUCAACAAAUACAGUGAUGGUUGUGUCAUCCUACCUCACGCAGUUGCACUAGACUUUUUGUACGAUACAAGUGCAGCCAAACAAAGCUCAGCGAUUAACGAAAUCCAUGAAGUAUUUGGAGGACUGCUCCUUGAGGAACAGAACGAAACCAAUGGAUAUUAUGGUUGGCGCCCCGCACAUCCUCUUGUUAGUGAUGUGGUUACAUCAGGGAUUAGUAUCGAAGAGACAGCUAUACGUUGUUUAGAACAAGCCUGCAGUGGAAAGGCGUACGUAAUGAAGUUUUUAAGACGUCAAGUUUUCCGACUGUAUCUAGAUAGAAAGAGAUUAUCCGAUCCUGUCUUCGUAGAAGAACAAGCUUUAGACGAUGGCGCAGCCGGUGCUGAUUUAGAGAACGAAGUCUUCGGGUUUUAUGGCAAACGCACCCGGUAUUCGCCUGUCAUCGUGGACAUCAUGGAUAAAGAAGAAAACAUUGAAGGAGCUCUUAGGGUCCUUCUAACCAUCUGUGAGAAGGCCACACAAAUUGAGGAUAAGGCUUACGCUUGGCAACAGUUAGCACGAUUUAUGGGGUACGAAUUGCGUGCAAACGUAAUGGACGCAACCAACGAGCUAAAUAAGCGACUUCGCCACGCUAUGAAGGAAAUACAACAAAUCAAGGUACCCAUACCACGAACCGGAAUUGAUACUGCCCACAUGGCAGUAGAUAUUGCUGUCUCCCUUCAGCCCAGUUACACCAACCAUUACACCACCAAAGGUGUUCUUUACCUUCAUCAAUUAAGGGAUUUCAAGACCAAGGCUUCUUUAAUUCUAGCUCUUCCAGCCGCCGUCCAAAUAUGCCGCAAAGCGUUGAGCGUAUACCAUAAAGCACUCGAGACCUCACGCGAACCUAACCAUUUCUCAAUGAUUGGUAAGAUCCAAGCCAAUGUCUCCCUCCUAGAAAUUGUUAAGGAUCUGCCCUGCUUUAACACCGAGGAGGGAAAGUUUACGAUGUACCUGGCGAGAAGAGCUGUUCCUCCUGAAUUAGAAAACGCUCUUAACCCAGAAGACCGCGACUACGUACAGAGUCUUGGAACUACCACACUUGACCUACUGAACGAACUUUUUGGACACGUGAAGCUUAAACAAACGACUACCUAUGAUGAAAAUGAGAUAAGGGGUGUUAACAAUGCAAAGAUUAGGGCUUCCAAUCUACGGAGAAAAUUUUAUGAGAUUACAGGCUUCGACAAAAAGGAGUUAAGCAGUGAUGACAACUCACUACUCCUCUCUCUCUCAUCAAAACAAGAGCCUGCAGUUUAUCAGCAGAAGGUUCAAGACAUUCUCUUCUUGAAAGACGAAACACCAUACAGCGCAUGGUCAAACCUGACUGAUGGAGAAAUAUCUGAAAUCUACCAGUUGCUGAAGUCCCUUUGUCUUCGUGGGCAUGGAAGCUACAAUGAUUUGUUGAUUUGCUCUAAGGCUGGUCUUCAACUUGAAGAGAAGCCUCCAGUUCAAGAGCUUGACAACAUCGUUAGCGGGUGGGUACAAAGGUAUCCAAAUUCAGAAUGGGCUCAUCUUUUCUAUUAUAUGAUUCACUUCCCAAUCCCAAAUGGAUCUCUUGCCCCUUGCAAUGCAACAGCGAGGGAAUCUGUCAAAAAGUGUGGCAGGAUUGUUAGAGAAAAAGCAGGUUCAGGAUUUCGGAAAUCCGGUGCUGAAUACUUUCUUGGUAAAGGGAUUGGCCUCAACGCCAUUCUAAGUAGCCAGGAGUUUCGGUGGCUAGAAACCAAAUGGAAAACCAAGACAGAGUUCUGGCGAGGCAAGGAACCUUCUGAGAGGUUGGAACGCGUGCAAGGUCAGAAAGGAGUCGGCAGUAAAGGCAUUAUUUCGUAUCAAGGAAUCCAACUGCACUUCGAUAACACUCUCUAUCCCAACGAAAGCAAGGACGAUCUCUGGUUUUACGUUGGUUUCACACUCGCUGGGCCCUAUGCAUAUGAUCCAGUGGACAAGGACACAUACACUAAUUUGAAAAAACAAAUGGAGUGUACCACGUCCAUGACAACAUCCCGUCCAUUAACUGAAAGGUUUGACAACAGAGACAGAUGGAGCCUUCCCCCUCGUCACUCUGGUGCUGGCAAAAAAACAAACAAAACCUCACCAGGUUUACCUCAAGAAAACAUCCGUGCCAUUCAAAGUGAGCAGACUUACACCCCUCCAGCUUCACGCACUCGAAGACAUGACAUAGUAAGAUCCGAGGAUGUUUCGGAAUGGGAAACUGGCGUUUCAGACUUAUCAUACCACAUUAGUUCCUCUUCUGUCCCUGCUAAUUCUUAUUUGCCUAAGGCAAAACGAAGCUCAGGCUGGGGUAUGUCAGCGUUCGCUUCACCAAAAGAAGUGGCAAAUCAACAGAAACAUUAUUCGGGAGCAGGAGGCCGAACUGAACCGGAACGAACUAAGUGGAAAUCUGUAAUGGCAACCAAGGGUAACGAGAAGAGAAAGUUUUCGCCCAAAAGCCUAGGUUCAGAUGGAAAACUCCAUCAUGGAGCUUUUGUUCAAGGAAGCCCAAAGUCGCAAGAGUGCACACGACACAACUCCACGGAGGGAACCCAUGUCAUCAGACACUGUAAUUUUGCACAUGGUCGGAUAGGAGAUACUCUACAGUUUGUUUGCACCAAGUGUACAAGCGAGAACCGGAAGUGUUGCAAAGGAAAGGUCAGCCAUAAAGAGUACAUCUGGAAUCUUGGCCCAUACCUAAACAGUAGUGGCGAGAUCUGGAAGACGAAGGGUCUGGCAAUAGAUCAAGCAUCAGAUACAGUUCUUGAAGAUUCAUGGGAGGGUGAUCCUGAGCCGUCUGAUAAUUCCUGCGGUUCCUCUGAUAUCGAUUGGAGACCGCCUCCACAAGAGUGGGGUGAAGAUUAUGAUGAUAAUGGCCAUGAUGAUGGUGAUCGUGAUGAUGAGGGAAACGAAAAGAACGGCGCAAAGGCGUCAGACUUCUGGAUGACGCUUGGGCACAAUAGGUUCAGUGCCUUAUCAGAGUGAUUUAACGAAGAAGCUAUGUUUUGAAAAACGGGAGGACUCUUCAAAUGUUGCAGCUAGGAGAGAUUGAAACUGUUCUAUUUCUUCAACAGCGUAAAGUACUAACAAUGACUCUUUCCUCUCCAUGUAAAGAUGACUUCCCCAAUGUAAUCAAUAUUGUUGGAUUAUUCGUCAUCACAGGGAGGAAAGCGACUCUUCGAAAAGUUUUUCCCAAAGAAAAUUUGAAUAAGUCUCUAGACAAGCUGCAGUGCUCGUCCUAGUUCUUUUACGUUUACCUUGGUCCAAAUGCCCUAAGUUCGUCUAGGUAAACCGGGAUAGUUUUCAAAUGGAAAGCAACAAACGUGGUCUUCGCGGAAACAAUUUUUAGUGCAGAUAGGUCUUGGACUGGAGAGUGAUAACACUUAAAGUGUCCUUUUCUCCAGAGAAUCAAAUGUUUUAUACGUGCAUAACUCCAAUUUAACAAUGAUGGCCAAAAUGUCAUCCACAUAAUCGCUAUGUUGCCCCAUGUUGCCUUGAUUAGUUCUAACUUUCUUACGACAAUAAUCACUAUGCUUCUUUCGCACCUUGAACUUCUCGCCAUAUAUCUUCGAUAAAUAGCUUUCAGCGUGGUAGGCCUUAGAAUAUACAGCGUAAGGUAAUACAAUGUGAUGAGUUGAACACUGGUUUUUGAGCGAUAACUUCUAAACUACUAAAAUUCAGUUUGGCUUAAGUGUCAGGACUACGUGUGUUUCUCUAAGAUAUUUUAAAAGUGUCACCUGUUGUGCUACGAUAGAGUCACAAACUAUGCAGAAGAUGACACUUCAACUGUAUUCUAGUGGUCUUUUUCUGGUGAUGAGUGCAACUGGUCACCCUUGACCCUGUAAGGAAUGAUGUAAUGCUAUGAUUGGUUGAUGUUCAACUCCUGUUUUCGGUGUAAUUGCACCCUUGUUCUCUUGCUUUAUCGUUCCCUCGGCGAUCUGUUGAGGCACGCCUCUCCGGUUGCUGUGACGGUGUAUUAGGUCUUUGUUACGCAGCUUGUACGUUUCGUUCUGAGUCAGGGUAUACAUUUUGAUGGUGUAUGCGUUCGUAUCCAUAGUUACGCUUGCAAGCCCUUUGUCAUUCUAGCAUUAGAUUGUUGAAAGGAGUGGUUUUACUUGUUGCAUUACAAUAUGAUCAGUUCCUUUUGCCAGUGCCUUUGUUUUCUGCUUCGGGGUUUGUGACAGCUCGAACUUGGCAAUGAUCUCCGUGAUGGGGAUGCUAGCCCUUAUUGUCGGUUCCAGCGAAGCGUGUCCAGAGCGUGUCCAGAUGGGAUUUCAUACGCUGUCCCUCCUGUCAAGUUGACGAAUGAGCAUUAAGGCUCUGUGUUCACAACUUCAAUUAAUAUCAGAAAAAUUGUUUUUCGUGCUGGUGAAGUGUAACAACUUUAAACCCGUCAUCGUCAGUUUUCGUAAGCUUUACCCUGUUCUGAUGAGGAGGAGCCUCGUGCACAUUACCUUAUUUAGUAUGAAGCUCUCCUGAAUUUACUGUGAUCAAUUACUCGCUAUUUUUUCUGAUUUUACAGAGCUCGCCAUCAUGUUGUUCCUGGGUGUAGUUUUGUAGGUGUCAAUCAAUAUACUCUACUCUGCCAGUGUUCAGGACGUGGGUGCGGGCCAAGGUGUAAAAUUUCGAUUGUAUUCCUUGAUUCUGACUUCACCGGUGUAACUAUACAAGAUUCGUAAGCCGGCCAGAAUCCUGUCAGACACUUGGUCUUGUUCAGUCAUGCCAACAGCGUAAUUCUAUUCUUCUUUCAUUUUUUCCUUCAUCUAAUCGUAAUGCGCACCUUACCUUCUCAUUUUUUGUGGCUACUGCCUCCUGUUGGAGGCGAAGUCACAUAUGGCAUCGAAAUGAGCGAGUGAGUGAGUGAUAGUAAGUAAAAGUCGAAAGCCGAACCUCAACCGAUUUUGAGCCGAUCUCUCUUCUUGUUUGUUUCCGAAUAUCUUCGUAGAUCGACAUUCACAAUUAGAUAUUAUUGAGCGCACACUUAAGAAAGAGGUAUGCCUUUGAAACUAAUAAUUUUUUGUCUUAGAAAUGCCCAAAUGUCAUUCUUUCAGUUCUUGCCGUGACAUAAACAUCUC